GGUGUAUCAAGAGGAUAGUGGAGCGUACGCUGAAGUACAGGGUGUCACAAGAUUCAUUGUUUUGUCAGUCUGCCAGGACUGGUGUUGUCAUCACACGGUGGAAGAAAUAAAUAAAAGUCUCUUUCAGGUGUUUAGUGAUGGUAGAUCCCUAGUCCUGGCCCUGAUGAAGGAGAAACUCUCUACACUCUACAGGUUUCAGGCCAAACAAAAGAAAACUGACAGAGACGGAGGGGAUUGUGGGGAGGCUGAAAUCGUAGGUCUGCUGUCUCGAAUUCUGAUGGAGUUACACACAGUCCUACAACAGGUGGUUGGUACCCUCAGCACCAAACAGGAACAACUAGAGAGGAAAAAUCUCAGAUCCAGACAAAGACGGAACCUUGUAUUAUUGAUAAGGAGCUGCCCAUUUUUUCACCACUGUGCCCACAUGGUCGUACUGAUCUGUACUUGGAAGCUGUAUACUCUUAGCACUCAUCCAGGAUCAAAGGUCAUCAGGUUUUUAAAGCUUUUGUUACAGUUUGUUGAAAAUCUGAGAACAUUCACCAGAUCCGAGAAAAACAAAUGGACCGAGAGCGUAAACUUGUACUGCGAGUUUAUACCAAAGAUCAAGGACACUUUGAUAGCACUCAAUGGUACACCUGCAUCCAUGAAUAGCUAAGAUUAUUUGUCAUAUGAUAAGAAAUGAUGGAGAACGUCUCUUCCUCUUUGGAAAAUCUACCAAAGCAUAGUGACCACAAUUUCAGUGUGUCGGAUUACGGAUACAUCGUUAUCACAGCACUACUGACGCCUUCCGUCCUUUCUUUUAGCACUCUGGUUAUCGGAGUUAUACGGAAAUUCAAACGACUUCAGACGCCUACCAACUUCUUCAUUGCAUCUCUGGCUUCUGCAGACAUUUUGGUGGCCCUGAUGAUUCCAAUUUUUACCACCUCUUUACUUUUGCCGGCGAAUUUAUACCACGAACUCGUUUGCUCGAUCCCAAAUCGUUUGCUGAUCUUGUCUUGUGGUGCGUCGAUCCUCUCUUUAGCAGCAGUGGCAUUUGAUCGCUACAUUGCUUUGACGAAUUCUCUAGAAUAUGUUCAGAUCAUGACAAAGAGGAAGACUUAUAGUCUUAUAGUGUCUGCUUGGAUCUAUUCAGCUUUGAUUGUAUCUAUUCCAAUGUCAUUUACAAAAGACCAUUCCGUUGGGAACCCGCGAAAGAAUUGCGGGUUUGGACAUAUCCAUCCUCGUGGUCAUUUGCUCUUCGCAAGUAUGUUGUUUUUCCCGGCGUGUGUGCUCAUAUUUUUCUGUUACUAUAAAAUAUUUACAAUUGCUAAACAUCAAAGUAGAGCUAUUUAUGACCAAGAACAGUCCAUAGCAAACGCAAUCCAUAUGAGAUAUGUGAACCGAGACUGUAAAUACGCAAAGACGCUGGCUGUUCUAAUACUGGUUUUCAUCGUUUUCUGGUUCCCAUUUCAGUUCACCCUUCUUCUGAUCGCUCUUACGGAUAUUCAGGUUUGUGAUGAAGUUUUAAAUUAUCUUCUGUACCUUGCAGCAUUCAAUAGCGUGAUGAAUCCAUGGCUUUAUGCCUACAAGAACACUCAUAUUCGGUCUGCCUUCAGGAAAAUUUCUUCCACAGUGACGUCUGCAUUCAAGCAGACGACCCGCCAUUUGUCCACAACCACCCCAAACGAACCCUCGUUGUCGUCUGAUUACAAACUCAACCAGACAGACAGCAGAAUGGAACAGGUGGACAUCAUGCAACAGCUCGAGCUCAACUCGGACAUGUUUGCAGACGACUGUUGGGCGUACGAACCUAAGAAAAUGUCUGUACAUUCGGUAGGCUCUACCAUAACCCAUAAUGGACGUAAAAUAGUGGUCCCCAGUCUGGUUAUAGAGGAUAUGGAGGGGGGUUCUGACCUUAAUUUGCCGAAAAUUGAAUCGGCAUCGUCCAUGCAGGACCAACCUACCGAUUUAAUGAUUCAUAUGUAAUUCAUUUUAUAUGUAGGUGUGACAGAAAUAUUUGUGCCAAUCCUUAAUUUCAAUCGUGUUUUAAACAUGAUGGUAAUUAUAUUUCAAUUAUGGUGAGCAAAAAUGGUUGUGAACCAGCUUUGAUUCGUAUUUGUUCAUUAAAUAAUUAAUUUACCAAUCAAAAUAGCCUACUAAGGUACGCUUACGAUUAGAUGUAUAUUUUAAGGUACUAAAAGAAUACGCUUAUCCUGUGAUAAUUAAUGGAAUGCAUGUAUGUAUAGAAAUGUGUAGAAAUGGCAAAGAUGAUGUGUGAUGUUUUGUUCAUACGAGUAG